GUUUAGAAUAUCUACAUAUUCACGCACUGUCCAAAGAUUGUGUUACAAAAAAUAAUGAAUAUUUUGGGAUGGAUUACCUAUAUCAUGUCUACCUGUUCCUUUUGCCUAUGUGUGCUGAGAAUGAAAUGUCAAGUACUGGAAAAAGAAUCUUUUAGCCCAGACAUACAUUUAACAUUUGACAAGUGUGGUGAGUUUGAGCUCCUUAACUAUAAAUUAGGUGUAAAUUGUGACAAUGUGGAAGCCCUCAAUGAAUCGUUGGUAGAGGUUCCUCUGGAAACCGACUGGCUUUGUCUAUCAAACUAUAAAGGACGUAAAAUUGAAACAGCUGCCUUUUCUCAACUGACGAACCUCCAAGCACUAUAUAUAACUGGAAAUGUUGAGCUUCUAUCUAGAACCUUUUCAGGAUUAUCUCAACUUUCCACUCUAUGGAUAAUUUUAGAAAACAUAUCUACCACCAUUACAUUUCACAAAGAUACUUUUGAUGGACUAAACAACCUCCUGGAGCUCAAAUUAUUUGGUGUACAGUUUUCCGCAUUGGAUACAUCAAUCUUUAACAAUCUUCAUCACCUCGAACAUCUGAUAUUAGAAAAUAACAGCAUCCGUUUUUUGUCAACAGUAACAAAAUCUUUAGGAAGACUAAAAACAUUACAAAAACUAUCAAUAAUCGACAAUGAUAUUGAUGUCCUGAGGAAAGAAGACUGCUUACAUUCUGAAUAUCCUGCAAUCAAUGGUCAAUAUGUGUAUUUUAACGUCAGCGUUCUAGAUUUGAGUAUGAACAAGUUACAAUUGAUUGAGAAUAAUUCUUUGUGUAAUUUUCCACACUUAUCACUUUUUAAAGCUAACAAAACUGGAAUCCAGACUAAGCAAAUGUUCCAAUCAGGGAUUAGAAUAAUUUUAACUGUUUCAUUAACAAUGACCGAUAUGCAUUUAAUGGAACUCUGUGAGUAUUCGUCAUAUUUUAAAGUGAAAGAACUUUUAUUAGGAUAUAAUUCGGUCUUCAAAAUUAACACAUACACAGGCACAUGCACAAACUUGGAAAAAAUAGAUUUAUCACAUAAUUUAUUGGAAGGGAUAUAUUCCAAUCAAAUCAAAACAUUGAAAGACUUAGUAUAUUUGGAUGUAUCCUUUAACAGAAUAAAUGUUUUGGACAUUUGCCCUGUUGAAACCUUAACUGUUUUUUCUAUGAAACUAGAGCAUUUAAAUAUUUCUUUUAAUUAUGUAACAUCUCUUUCCAAAGGACAAUUUAGUUGCCUUCAAAAUCUUCAAGUCUUAUCUUUAGAAUAUAACAAGAUCUACACUAUAGAAGAUUUUGCAUUUGAUGGUGUAACAUUGUUAACUUUUCUUAAUCUAGAAAAUAACAAUUUAUUUGAAAUAACAAAUUUUACAUUCUACAGUCUUUUUUCUCUAAAACAGUUAAAUUUAUACGAAAACAGUUUAACUGAUACAGAACCAGGUGCAUUUUUUUGGUUCAACAAACUUGAAGACAUCAGGUUGAUGUUUAACAAUAUACUUGAUGAAAUAUGGUGGUCUCAGUAUAUUGAUGUCUCUGUACAACAUAUUUCUGUAAAAACCUCAAACACUUUUCUUUCAUUGUUAUCAGAAAACUUUAAUAAAUUAUCAAAUUUAGAUACCAUGGAGAUAGAAUCUAAGCAUGUAGUUGUUGAUACAUGCCAGGAAUUUGUUUUCACUAGGUUGAAAGAAAUUUACUUGAGGGAUAACUUGUUUUGUACUUGUUUUGGAUCGGUUGAUCAAGCCAUUGGGAAUUUUACAAAUUUGGAAAAACUGUCUUAUGAUGCAAAUUCACAAGACUCGACUGAUAUAGUUACACUUAAUUCCUCAUUGCAAUAUUUAAAGAAAUUAGCAUUUCUUCGUAUAGAAAACACUGAUAAACUGAUAGGAAGAGCUCCAAUCAAUGUGCAUGAAUUAUUUCAUGGAUUAUCAAACCUGAAGAUCUUGCACUUGAAAAAUUCUGGAAUAAAUCAUUUUGAUUCAGCAGCAAUUUUUUCUGAUUUAAAUUCUCUUGAGUUUCUUCUUAUUGAAAACCAAGACAUUCAAGAAAUGAAUGAGUAUGCAUCCACUUCAAUGCCUAACCUUAGUUACAUUUAUUUUAAGAAUGUAAUUUUCGCCUGUAACUGUAAAUUUGGUGGGUUAUUGUCAUGGUUGGAAUAUGAUACUCGGGCUUCGAUUAUUAAUGCCCAUGCGCAAAAUUGCUUUAUAAACUCUAUAGAAACUAACAUGCUCUCUUUUUUACGGUCAAAUUGUCAGUAUGACUCGAAUUUUCGAAUAUUUAUAUCCACUUUUUCCACUAUAUUGGUAUUUAUGUGCAUCUCUAUAUUUCAUGAAAGCAUUUGGUGGUAUAGUUUGUAUUUGUUCUAUACAGUUAAGUGCUGGCUGAAUCACAGAUUGAGAGGAAUGGAGGAAGACUUGUAUCGAUACGAUGCAUUUGUCUCCUAUAACACUCAUGAUGAGCAAUGGAUAACAGAGCACUUGCUUCCCAACUUGGAGCAAAAUGGUCCCCCCUUUUUAAGAGUGUGCAUCCAUAAUCGGGACUUUGAGAUUGGCAGAGACAUAGUUGAGAAUAUCGUGGACAGUAUCUAUAAAAGCAGGUGGACUAUCUGCCUUAUUACACGUAGCUACCUACAAAGUCACUGGUGCUCUCUAGAGAUGCGAAUGGCAACCUACAGGCUUGUAGCAGAGAGUAAAGAUUCUCUCAUAUUCAUAUUCCUUGAUAAGAUCUCUAGGGAAGAGCUACAAUGUUAUCACAGACUCACUAAAUUGUUGGAUAAGAAAACCUACCUGGAAUGGCCACAUGAUCUCAAUGGACAAGAGUUGUUUUGGGCAAGGUUGCGUCAAGUCAUUGGUGGUUAACAGAACAUUAAUGCAUAGUCUAAUUCAAGUUUCCACUGUGCAGGAUUAACAUUGCACAAUGAACAAUAUUAGCAGAGGCACAUGUUAUCAUGAGUAAGGCUGUGACGUUUUGUUUAUUCGUGUUUCUCCUUUCAGAAAUAAUUUAUUAAGUGGAGAAAUGAACAGAAUAAUAACAUUCCACUGACAGCUAUACAAGUCCUCCUUUAUAUUGGCAAUCGCCAUAGAUAAUGACCCUUACUUCCAAAUAAUACCAUGACAAAUAUAUGUAGACAUAAUAAAAUAACUUCUAAAUAGACGGCAGAAUCUAUUGAUUAAGAACUUUUGCUUGCGCGGUUGAGGUCUGUAAAAAUACCUGCGCAAGUGACCUCCUUGUGAAGAUUUAUACCGUCAAUGUGUACAGCCUAUACAGCCAAUCCAGUGCCUUAGCCAACCUGCCAAAGAACGAAGCAGCUUUGCGCCAAAAGACACAGCCAAUCAGUAGCCUGCCACUUUCUACUUUUUUGUACAUAUGGAAUGUAGUAAAGAAAUAUUAAAGAACAAUCAUACAGCAGAGAAUGUAAUACAUGUCUGCUUAAAAGCUAUGGGGUGAUGAAUAGAACUCAGGCCACAUAAAUGAAAAUUUCACAAAUAUGUCAUCUGAUUCCUUAUCAACACCCACCUAGUGUAUGCUAUUAAAAUUCAUAUUUGCUAGUUACAUUUUUAGAACCUGUUGGGGAAGUUGCAAAGAAAGGAUUCCAUAGAAUAGAUAAGUAUCCCCAGUUUUGGUUGGGGUCAACCAAAAGAAGUUUGUUGCCAAUUUACUCUUGAUGUUCAUAGGGAAUGGGUUGAUAAAUAUAAUUUAAAUCAUUUUAUAUACAGUGUAUAUAUUGUAUCAUAAUAUGUAACCUUUAAGGGACAUGAAUCACUUGACCAUUAUUAUUUUUUUAAAUCAGCAGACACUUUUAAAUGAAAUACAAAACAAAAUAAAGGAAGAAACACUUUGAUAAGUAAAGUAACAAACUUUUAUAAAUUUACUUUAAAUUUGAUCAGAUUGCAUUAGUGGGCACACCACUCAGCAAGGGGAGUUUCUUCAGUCCCCCUUCUCUGAUCCACCCAACACAGUUUCAGACCAGUCUGCUAAUCACAGAAACAGGGCAUCAAUGUGCAGUAGGAGGAGAGAAAAACCGGACACCGAGCCUGCUCUGCAUGAAUCUCACUGAUAAGACUCCCUCUCUUCACCCCUUGUCAGGAUGUUGCAAGGUUAAGAGGUCUUCUAACAGUGCAUGUGUAAAUCUGUCAGGCAUCCCCAAUGCAUUUUUCCAGAAUUCUCAGGGAUAGGAUACCGAUUGGUUGGAUCAGUGUCCUUCCUGGAGUGGGUGUGGAAAACAUAGGAAAGAGGAAGCAGGUAAACAUGAAAAGAAAAGUCAGAUUUACAUGCUUUUUAGGCCUGCAGAGCAAGGUAACUAUUUUAUGCAAAGCUAAAGCUCUUGAAUGAGACAGAUGUCUCAAAGUGAUGCAUACCCCUUUAAUAAACUAGAUUUGUUCAUUUGUUGAUGUUAUCAAAGUUUCUGUAAAUAAUGCAUUUCUUUUUUAGUUAGUGUCUGUGCUACUGUACGUUAAAAUAACAACUGAUCUUUUAGGAUUAUAUUUGCAAGUAAACUGUUUAAAAAUAGUAUAAAAUGUAUUCAGUACAGUCUGAUCUGUUAUAUGAACCCUUUAUUUUUGUGCAUUAAAAUAUAAGCAUAACAUAGAUUCAUGUGUGACUUUUAUAUUAAGAUAUGUAAAAAAGUUUCAGUAGUCUUUUAAAGUUUUGUUCAGAAAAAAAUAAAUGUUAUGUUAAAAUAAUAUAUAG